CACACGUGCGGUCAACUUCCGGUAAAAACAGCGGAUUGCAUGAGAAACUGUCAAAGGAGUAACUUUACGUAACACAGAAUGUCUUGGUUGUUUGGAAUGAACAAGGGACAGGGUGGUGGCCAGUUACCACCAGGGUUCCCGCCACCGCCGGGAUCUGGAGGUGACAGUGGCGGAAAUGAUGGGAAAACGCCAGACAAAUCCCGAUCAGAUGCGUACACUUUUGACUCGGCCGCCCUGGAAAGGGCUGCGCAAGCAGCUAAAACAUUGGAGCGCUCAGCACAUGCAAAAGAGGCCUUGGAAUUGUCAAAGAUGCAGGAGACAACUAUUCAGCUUGAGCAUCAGAAAAAAAUCAAGGAAAUGGAAGGACAGAUAGCACAGAUGAAGUCAGAACAGGCACGUGUGAUUGAGGAAGAGAAACGUAAAACUUUGCGGGAGGAAACUAAACUUAAUCAAAAUAAAGCACAGUACCAGGAUCAGCUGGCUAGAAAAAGAUACGAUGAUCAGUUAGCACAGCAGGCUCGACUGAAUGAGGAAAACCUGAAGAAACAGGAGGAAUCUGUACAGAAACAAGAACAAAUGAAGAGAGGAACUAUGGAUUACCAGGCUGAGCUUCAACACAAGAAUGAUAUGAAAAGGAUAGAGGCAGAGUUACGAGGCAAAGCCAGAAUAGACAGAGAAAAUCAGGAUAUUCUAAAAGAACAAAUAAGACUCAAAGCUCAGGAAGACAGAAAAACUAGACUAGAAUCUAUCAAGACAGCUGGUGCUGUGUUAGGAGAAGGAUUCAGAGCUUUUAUAUCUGACUGGGACAAAGUUACAGCCACUGUUGCCGGGCUCACGCUGGCUGCAGCUGGUAUUUACGGUGCUAAGUACAGUAUAGGUGUAGCUGCUAGAUACACAGAGGCUCGUCUUGGUAAACCUUCUCUAGUCAGGGAAACAUCCAGAAUCACACUCCUAGAAACACUCAAACAUCCAAUUAAGAUUGGAAAAAGAGUUUUUACAAAGAAAGAAGAGGUCCUCAGUGGUAUUAUACUAAAGCCAGAAUUAGAAGAGAGGUUACGAGAUGUUGCCAUAGCAACAAGUCACACCAAAAAGAAUAACGGUUUCUAUAGAAACUUGUUAAUGUAUGGGCCACCAGGUACAGGAAAAACUAUGUUUGCAAAGAAUUUAGCAAAACAUUCUGGUAUGGACUACGCUAUAAUGACAGGUGGUGAUGUGGCACCUAUGGGGAAAGAAGGAGUUAGUGCAAUGCAUAAAGUAUUUGACUGGGCACAGACCAGUCGGAAAGGAGUGUUGUUAUUUGUUGAUGAAGCCGAUGCAUUUUUACGUAAAAGGAAUAGAGAAUUAAUUAGUGAAGAUAUGCGUGCCACCUUAAAUGCAUUUUUAUACAGAACUGGAGAACAGUCAAACAAAUUUAUGAUAGUUUUAGCCAGUAACACACCUGAACAAUUUGAUUGGGCUAUAAAUGACAGAUUAGACGAGAUGGUAGAAUUUGAUUUACCCAAUUUAGAAGAAAGGAAUCGAUUAGUACGGCAGUAUUUUGAUAAAUACGUCCUCCAACCAGCUUUUGAAGCUAAAGGGAGGUUAAAAGUUGCUGAAUUUGAUUAUGACAAGAAAUGUACAGAGAUAGCAGAAAAGAUAGAAGGAUUAUCUGGUAGAGAAAUCUCCAAGUUAGGAGUUGGCUGGCAGGCGGCAGCUUAUGCAUCAGAGUCUGGUGUUUUAACAGAAGCUAUGAUAGACGAUAAAGUCAAUGAUUCAAUGAACGCUCACAAGAAGAAAGUGAUAUGGCAAGAAGAUCAUUCUAUAUACACAACCCCGGACCAACAGAGCUUGUCACAGAAAGCUGCUUCUAUGGUUAUACCUAAACCCCCAGCAGCCACACAGAGCUGAUAGUACUUAUAGAAUUAGACCAUUUGAACAAUUUAGGAGUAGAUGUUGUUUAUAUGCCAGGUUGCCUGGUACCAUAGUGUGUUAUUGUGGAGAUAAUUCUAAAGAUUGAACUAAGAUGAAGUUCUUCCAUGGACAGAUUUGAUUAAAGUGGCAUUACAGUGAUCAAACGUGUAUGUUGUUAGGGAGAAAGAUAUCUGUUGCUCAGAUGAAAAAGAGCACUGGUUACCAUUGUAACGGACAACAAACAUACCUCUUGCACUUGUUUUUGCCAGAAUGUGAGAGAGCUGCUAGUUUACAUAAAUUGUAUAAAAGCAGCAUGAAGUGUCAGUGAAAGUAAAGGGGUAUCUGAAUGUUGUGAUGAGAAAAGUUAAUAUGUGUUGUAUAAGACAACAAAGUGUCAUAUGUUAAGAUGCUAAAGCAGUUGGUAUCUACAACUUUACACCAAAGAUAUCAUUUCAGAUGUACUACACCCAGCAACAUUUACCCUAACUUCCACAAAAAACAUAGUAAAGUUGGUUAUUAUCUAUUAAAUUGAGUUGUAUUGAAUGAUAAAACCAAAAUAUCGCUGCCAGAAAGUUAAUUUAUGAAGUUAUCAUUAAACAGGAUAGUUAAUCAGUUUUCAUUAAUCAAAAUAAGCUGGUUCAAUUUACCUUAUUACAGACUGCUGAUAACAAAGCCUCAUUAAAUUCACCACACUCGGAUUUAUGUCUCCUACAAUCAUGUAGUAGAGGAGGUAUAUUGAUUUAGGGCUGUCUGUCCGUCUGUCUGUCACACCAAGUUUUGGCCGCUUCUCUUGCAUAAUAGAGAGUAUUUCCAAAAAAUCUUACAGUAAUGAUCAAUGCAAAGUCUGGUUUGUAUUUUUUUACUGGUAUAUUCCGGUUCAGUGAUUUUCAUUUUAAGUUAUGGCCCUUGAUUUGUAAUACUUUACCUUGUCUGACACAACAGAGAGGAUUUACAACCUAUUUCAGAAAAGUAACCAUUGUCAAGCCUAGCUAGCAUUCAAAUCGUUUGUAUGUUCCAUUUCAAAUCAGUGGAGUUACAGUUCAUCAAAUUUUAUGACGUUUUUGCCCCUUCUCACAUUUUUUGGCAGAUUUGCACCAAGCUUUACAGAAGUGAUCAGUGCCAAAAGAUUUUUGUACAUAUUUUCGAUGUGUUCAAAUUCAGUGAGUUAUAUUGGAGUUAUGGUCCUUGACUUGACAUAUUUCAAAGUGUUUUCAGUACUUGCUGUAUACCAUUGGACUGAAUUUCACUAAACCUCACAGGUGAUUAGUUUAGUUGUUUUGAUGUUAUGGUUCAAUGAUUUUCACUGUAGUUAUGGCCCUUAUGUGUGGCAUUUUACUAAGUCUGCGUGUUCAGAGGUGUGAGACAUACGUUUUUCAUGAAAAACAAUCUCUAGUUGAAAUAGAUCCCAACAUGUAUAGCUUGCUGGACAUGGAUUAUCCAUGUUAGGGCUGUAGAAUGUCCGGCGUAUAGCCAUUCUAUCCAGUCCAUGAGUCUGGACACAUUCACAUAGCAAACCAUGAAUCUGUAUUUUAGAUCCCAAAUAUCAUAUUUCGUUACUCAAAAUAUAUUUGUUACAAGGUUUAUAAAGCUUCUUGAAUGGAAGUUAAUUGAUAUUAGGUGAACUCUUCACAAAGGUUACAAUUCAGUGAUCUGAGAGGUUACGGAUAUUCAGGCUUGAGCUUCAGGUCUAAUAUCAAAAUACUCCGACACUUGCUACAGCCCUAACCGAUGAGAAGGAUAGGUGACUCGUGUUGGUGAUACAUUAGUAUGUCCACCUUCAACAGUUAUGUUGUCGGACAUUUGUUGAAACUUAAAGAUCAGUGUUAAUCAAAGAUAAAAGGUAAGGGUAGAUUUCCCGGAAGCACAGAGCACUCCAAACAAAGCCACGGAAGAAAUGUACAUGUCGUAAGUAUUAAUGUUGUGUUUUGACAAAUGAGCCGCGCCGUGAGAAAACCAACAUAGCGGCUUUGCGACCAGCAUGGAUCCAGACCAGCCUGCGCAUCAGCGCAGUCUGGUCAGGAUCCAUGCUGUUCGCUAACAGUUUCUCCAAUUCCAAUAGGCUUUAAAAGCGAACAGCAUGGAGCCUGACCAGACUGCGCGGAUGCGCAGGCUGGUCUGGAUCCAUGCUGGUCGCACACCCACUAUGUUGGUUUUCCCAUGGCAUGGCUCAAAUGAAUAUUUACAGUUGCUGUAUUGUAAUCUGGAUCAUUUAUUAGUUUUAUUUAACCUGAUAGGCAUAGAGAUUAAUUGAAAGAAAAAUUGUAAUUUUUAUUGAGUGUUUUGUUAUUGAAAAUUAUACCAAUGAUAAUAACAGCAGUUCUUAGAUACUGUUUUAUCAAUUUAUGUUAAAAAAAAACUGUUGAAUUUUAAAUAAAUAUGUACUUUAAAGAAGAUGAGGCAUGUUUACAUUUUACAAAAUGUUAGAUUAUUGUAGGCAAGUUUAAGUUAAUUAUAUCAAGUUAAACUUGAUAUUUUAUAAGUAUAAAGUAUAGCUUAAUUCUUCGAGUUUGCAUCUAAUUUUGUUACUCCAGUACCAGUUUAUAACUUUUCAUCAUAUUUAGAACUUGAUAACUUUGUUACAGGAUUCAAUUUAAUAAAAAUGAAAUCACUUAAUAGAAGACAUAAUAUGGAGGUGAAGCCAGUAAACAUAAUAUGAGAUCUUUAGACAAGAAAUACUUUGUAUUAAGAGUACUGUGUCACAGUGUUUCUUACGUGUUAAAUAGUAUACACUAAAUACAUGUUUAUAUACAGCUAAACACAGUAUGAAUGUGUACUACCAGUAAAAACUCUGGAAGUUUUUUUAAUAAACAACAGUUACUGCAUGACAUUUAGUUAUGAAUAUAUCUCUGCAAACACAAUUUAUAUGUAAGUAAAGGCAAAAACAUGUUAGGAGGAUUUUCUAAUUACAUAUCUAAUGAUAAAAUGUUAAAGUGAAAACUGAUCAUUGGAUUUAAAUAUAAGACUUAAUUUAGUCAUUUCAGAAUAUUCCAGUGCAAUUAACUCUAAAUUUACUCAGUUAUGAGGGGCCUCCGUGGCCGAGUGGUUAAGUUCACUGACUUCAAAUCACUUGCCCCUCAUUGAUGUGGGUUCGAGCCUCACUCGGGGCGUUGAAUUCUUCAUGUGAGGAAGCCAUCCAGCUGGCUUACGGAAGGUCGGUGGUUCUACCCAGGUGCCCGCUCGUGAUGUAAUAAUGCACGGAGGGGCACCUGGGGUCUUCCUCCACCAUUAAAGCUGGAAAGUCGCCAUAUGACCAAUCAUGUGUCGGUGCGACGUUAAAUCCAAAAAAGAAAAAAAUUACUCGGUUAUGAAAUGGAUGAUUUGUAGAUGUGUCUAGGGGUACAGAUUGUGGUUGGUCUUUACGAAAUUUAGACAUGUUUGGAUAUGUAUUACAUGAUUUAUUAAAUGACAUG